CUCAGUUCUUUGAGGCAACGUUUCUCGGGUGCGAGGAGCGGCUAAAGCAGGCUUCAUCGCCAGCACGACGGAUAGCAGUGGACUGCCCAGCGCUAUCCGGUCAUUCUCAGCGACGAUGUCGCCACCCGCGAUGGUCAUGGCGGUCCAAUUUGGCGACAAGGACGGGCCCAGAAUGGAGAGUCGACUGACCAAGAGAUACGAGAUGGAGUGUUUGAUUCCUGCGCCUUUUGAGUUUCUGCGCUGAGCUGGAAUGGUGUCGCCUCAACGUCAUACCGAACUGUCUCGACCUCACGCGGCGUGCGAUGACAGCCGGCCCUUUCUUUUUAAUUUUUUUUUUCUAUCUUCGCUUUCUUUCGUCGAGUCUUUUCUUUUAACCUCCUUCUCGGCGUGCCCAAAACAAGUAUUUUUUUCCAAGGUUAGCGAUAUCGGCUAGGUUUAUCGCGUUGACUAUCUUUAUCUUGCUGUCACUUCCCCCCGCGCUGGGUCCGAGGGCGGUUCGCGACCCCAGGAUCCAAAACCCCCAUCCAGGAACAAGCUGGACGUGUGGAACUGCCAGAAUUUCCUCGAAUAAUGCCGGUAAGCUGCUGAUCAAACAUGGAGGGAGGGAGAUCACCUGGACCCGGGUCCGGUGGCAGAGAAGAGUCCAGCCAAGCGCUCCCGAAUCGGAGGAGAGCUUAUAGCACUAGGGAUACCCGAGACGACCGGCUGUGGUCAAGCGAAGCGCCUGCGCGAACCAGCUCGGAUGCUGCUGGGACUGAGAGUCUGAGAAGCUGGAGUCGCCGGCCCUCGGUGAGCGAGAGGACGCCUGCGAGGUCUUUUUUCCACAGGGCUUUUCAUGGACCGUUGGAGGACGGCCAAUACUCUUUUCAGGGUGUGCGAGAACAAACGACUGAGUUAGAAUCGCGAGCUAUAUCCGAUGCGGAAUCGAUCCGUAGUGUAACAACUACAUUCUCGGGGAAUGGCGACAGUGUGCCGUUGUCGCUGGAUCAGAGGAUCUUGGAGCCCUUCAGGUCCAGAGAUCGAGCAGAGAGCCAUAUUUCCCAGCCCGAGGUGAUUGUUGAAGAGGAGUCCGGUUCCGAUACCCCAAGGGCGGGAUCUGCUCAUUCUGGAGGAUCUGCCUUGACCGCUUUGCUGCGCCCUCCCCAGCAGGAGCAGCAGAGAGUAGAUUCUGAUAUACAAGACGAUAUCCUUGGUGAGGACGGGCACGACGUUCCGGAGGAAACACCUUUGGUACGACAAGAGUCUAGGGCAAGAAGUCCUCGCCAGUAUGGUACCUUGGGGGACGCGGAAAACCCUCUGCUUCUCCUUCCAACCUCCACGCCCCCAUGGGAUGCAAAAUCUUCUCCACCGACAAAGAAGAUACAGUGGAGGAAUUUCUGUGAUCCAAGGAGGUGGGACAGGCGGACAAUACUCCAAAAGGGCGUUAUAUACCCGGCAAGCCUCCUACCAGCCGUGCUCUUAGGGCUUCUCCUGAAUGUCCUAGACGCUCUGUCUUACGGAAUGAUCUUAUUUCCUCUUGGAGAGCCAUUGUUUGCGGACAGGGGUGCCGACGGCAUAUCGAUGUUCUACAUCAGCACUAUUAUUUCACAGCUAGUCUACUCUUGCGGUGGGUCUAUCUUCAAAGGUGGCAUUGGUUCCGAGAUGAUAGAAGUCGUGCCUUUCUUCCACAAGAUGGCCCUUAUGACCUUAGCCAGGGUGGGUGCGGAUAACAUGGAUUCUGUCCUGGCAACAACAAUCCUGGCAUAUGCACUCAGUUCUAUCCUUACAGGGACCGUCUUCUUCAUUAUGGGUGCCACCGGGCUGGGAUCCUUUAUAGGAUUUUUCCCUCGACAUAUUCUGAUUGGGUGCAUUGGUGGCGUUGGUUGGUUUCUUGUAGCAACCGGAGUUGAAGUGUCUGCCCGACUUUCCGGUAAUUUCAAGUAUGAUCUGGAUACGCUGGAGAGGCUCUUCCAGCUCGAUACCAUAUUCCUCUGGACGACCCCUUUGCUUCUUGCGAUUGGUCUGCUCGUUGUUAAACGAUAUAUCAAGUCGAAUUUUCUUGUGGGGGGAUAUUUCCUCUCCGUUGCAUGCUUGUUCUAUUUUUUCAAACUUGUGCUGGGUAUUCCUUUGGACACAUUGCGAGAAAAAGGAUGGGUGUUUGAAGCUCCUGCGUCCGAUAACCCUUGGUAUCACUUUUAUACUCUCUACAACUUUUCUGCAGUCAAUUGGCCUGCCCUGGCAGAUACAAUUCCAGCCAUGUUCGCCUUGACUUUCUUCGGCAUUCUUCAUGUUCCAAUCAAUGUUCCCGCUCUGGGUAUUUCUACUGGAGAAGACAAUCUCAACGUUGACCGGGAGCUAAUCGCCCAUGGAAUUUCCAAUGCAUUGUCUGGCUUUGCGGGAAGUAUACAGAACUACUUGGUGUACACAAACAGUCUUCUUUUCAUUGCGAGCGGUGGGAAUCACCGUUUGGCCGGUAUCAUGCUGGCCAUAGCUACUUUUGGGAUCCUACUAGCCGGACCUGGUCUUAUUGGGUUCAUACCCAUCAUGGUUGUCGGAGCCCUGAUAUACAUGCUGGGGAUAGAACUUAUGGAAGAGGCUUUGGUAGAUACUUGGGGCAGGCUUCAUAGAUUGGAAUAUAUGACUGUAAUGAUAAUAGUCGUCACGAUGGGCGCAUGGGAUUUCGUCACUGGAAUUGUUGUUGGGAUAUUUCUUGCUUGUCUUAAUUUCGUUGUCCAGGCUUCCCAGAAGUCUGCGAUUACAGGAACUUACACGGGACAAGUCGCCGUGUCCACCGUGCGGCGGAAUCCAACCCAUGCUAAAUUCCUCAAGGAAGCUGGGAGACAGACGUUUGUCAUUAAAUUGUCUGGGUUCCUUUUCUUCGGCACCAUAGUGAGUGUUGAGAAACAGGUACGGUGGCUGAUCGAGGGGGAGGUAUUCAGCCAUAGGCCAAUUCGCUUCCUGGUACUCGACCUUUUGCACGUCAAAGGGUUGGACUUCUCCGCCGCUGAGGCUUUUACUAGACUGAAUCGGAUGCUGCAGACUCGACGAGUGCACAUGAUCAUUUGCGGCGUCGAUAUUUCCGGCGAAGUAGGCAGAAGCUUACGAAACGUCGGCCUAUUCGAGCAAGAGAACGAAGUCCCCGUUCUCGAAAAUCUAAAUUCCGCCCUUGAGUACUGUGAAAACGAGCUUUUACAAGCGCUGCAUGAUCGAAAGGAUGCAAUGUCAGGGAUAGCAAGGACCGAGCCAUCAUCGCUCAAACCCAUAUUCAAGCCCCAAACAUCCGACCUCCCCGUCAACUCUCCCCGUAAUCUUUACCUACACCAACUCGCCGCCACCACUCUCCGCGAAGAAAGUGCCUCUACCGCCGCCACCGCCUCAUCCUCCACCCCAACCGGCAAACCUACGAGCACCAAACCGCAACACCAACCCCCUCUCUCUCUCCUCAUGCACACCUUCCAAGGUCUAACCACCCAACCCGAAGCCUUCUGGGCCCCCGCUGCGGCCUACUUCACGCGUGCCGAGUACCCCGCGUCCAGCAUUCUCUACCGCAUGGGCGAACAGGCGCAGCACUUCUUCCUCCUGGAGUCCGGGAUGCUGCGGGCGGAGUACGACACGCCGCAGGGGAAUUAUUUCGAGCUGAUCGCGGCGGGGCGGCCGUGCGGGGAGUUGCCGUUCUUCGGGGCGACAAGGAGAACAGCGACGGUCAGGGCGGAGACGCCGUGCGUGGUGUGGAUGAUGGGGGAGGAAGGGUGGAGGAGGUUGAGGGAGAGGGAUGCCGAUGUGGGGUUGGAGAUGAUGAGGGUUUGUUUGAAGUUGACGGCGGAGAGGAUGCAUACGAUUACGUCGUAUGUUUUGACGGCUACUCGAUGACGAUUUCGGGUGGGUAUUUUCUUUUUUGUCUCCUAAUUUUGUUCAUAUAAAGUUGGACAUUUUGGACAUAGGUGGCUUUCCAUUUUUUUUAUACCAAAUUUAUGGAUAUGGGUACCAUCCGGAGGGGGUUGGGGUAUUUUCUACGGAGUACGUUGGACAUAGACAUGGGGAUUUGCUAGACGGGAAAAGGGUAGUAGAAUGUAUAUUUUUC